UCAGGUUUAAGCUGUUAGAUUUGUACAUUGUGCUUCAUAUUGAAGGAAACUGCGGCACUCUAGGAUUAGUUGCUCGAUUAAUGUGAAUUUGCAGACCGCAGUGGCGUCUCCGGAGUCUGGAGAAGCUAAUUUGUAGGCUUUUCUAGUGAAUAUGGAGGAAAUGUACUUAUGUAAACUCCGAGUAUGAUUAAGUGCUACUGUUCUGUUGACUCUCUGGGCUCAUCUAGUCUGACAUUCAUUGAAUUAAGUGCUAAAUGAUUUAAUAGUUGUAUUGAGAAUAGAAAUGAAGAAAUGGUACGGUGGUGUUUUAACUACAUCCCUGUUGAUGUUUUUGGUCCUGGGAUACUGUGUGAUGAGGAAACCUGUCAAGGAAAGCUAUGCUACAAGUUCUCUCUACUUCAAUAUGACAAAUCCCCUUGAAUGGAUAAAUGCUAUGGCUCCACCUGCAGCUCACCAUCCAGAAAAAAAUAAUCAAGUAAUACCUGCUGAAAUUGUUGUCUCUGAUCUCUUUAUCAAGAGGAACCUGUCAGCUCAGGAGCAACAAUCUUUGUCUACGUGGUAUCAAUUGAAAAGGUUAAUCACUCAUGAUCUAGUUUUACCUAAUGCUAUAGAGGCGGUUAAGGAAGCCACUGUUGCAUGGAACAACCUCAUGAGUGCAGUAGAGAUGGACAAACUCGAUACAAAUGAUAGUUCAAUUAAGACAGGGAAACAGAAACAAUGUCCUCAUUUUCUUAGCAAAACCAAUGCUACAGAACUUGAUGCUAGCGGCUUUAAGUUGCGGCUUCCUUGUGGUCUGACUCAGGGUUCUUCCAUCACAAUAAUUGGCAUUCCAAAUGGUCUUCUUGGGAAUUUUCGGAUAGAUUUGACUGGUGAACCACUACCAGCUGAACCAGACCCUCCUGUUAUUCUGCACUACAAUGUUAGGCUCCAUGGUGAUAAAAUAACCGAGGAUCCUGUAAUCGUACAAAACACCUGGACUAUUGCACAUGACUGGGGUGAAGAGGAGCGCUGUCCAUUACCAUCAGAUGAAAAGAGUAAGAAAGUGGAUGAAUUGGAUCAAUGCAAUGGGAUGGUGGGCAAUGUCACGUCCACUCGGCAUGUCAUUGCAACAAAUAAAUCUAGCAUGGUUCAGGACGGGGCUAAAUCAAAAAAAUAUUUUCCUUUCAAGCAAGGAUAUCUCUCGGUUGCCACUCUGAGAGUAGGAUCUGAAGGAAUUCAGAUGACAGUUGAUGGAAGACACAUAACAUCUUUUGCUUUCCGUGAAACUUUGGAACCAUGGCUCAUAAGUGAAGUGAGGAUAUCGGGAGACAUAAAAUUAAUUUCUGUUGUCGCAAGUGGUUUACCAACUUCAGAGGAUGCAGAGCAUAUAAGCGACUUGGAAGCCUUAAAAGCAGCUCCUCUUCCUCCACGAAAAAGACUAGAUCUCUUUAUUGGUGUAUUUUCUACCACAAAUAAUUUUAAGCGUAGAAUGGCUGUCCGUAGAACGUGGAUGCAAUAUGAUGCAGUGCGGUCUGGACAAGUUGCAGUGCGGUUUUUUGUUGGCUUGCAUAAAAACCAAAUGGUGAAUGAAGAGCUCUGGAAUGAGGCUCGGACAUAUAGAGACAUCCAGCUGAUGCCUUUUGUUGAUUACUACAGUCUUAUCACUUGGAAAACCAUUGCCAUCUGUGUUUUUGGGACGGAGGUUGUUUCUGCAAAGUUUGUCAUGAAGACAGACGAUGAUGCAUUUGUUCGAGUGGAUGAAAUCUUAUCUUCUAUGGAGAGGGUCAACACGACUCGUGGAUUGUUAUAUGGCCUUAUUAACGCAGAUUCCCAACCUCAUAGGAGUCCGGACAGCAAGUGGUUUAUCAGUCCAGAGGAAUGGCCUGAAGAAACUUACCCUCCUUGGGCACAUGGACCGGGUUAUGUCGUCUCCAGCGAUAUAGCAAAAACAAUCAGUUCGAAACAGAGAAAAGGCCGCCUAAAGAUGUUUAAGCUUGAAGAUGUUGCUAUGGGUAUCUGGAUUUCAGAAAUGAAGAAAAAAGGGUUGGAAGUGAAGUAUGAAAAGGAAGAGAGGAUUUUUAAUGAAGGUUGCCGGGAUGGUUAUGUAAUUGCACAUUACCAAAGCCCUAGAGAGAUGCUGUGCCUUUGGCAAAAGAUUGAAGAGAAAAAGCGAGCUUUAUGUUGUGGCGAUUAAUACAAAAUAGUUUUCGUCUGAGUUCUGAAGGCUCAGAAGUUCCUAUAACUACGAUUCUGCUGACCUUUUCUAGUAGCUGACCACAGACAUGUACUUGAGUAGGUCGGGAUGAAGAGGCCAAGGUAAUGCUUAUACCACGUCGUUGUAGUAGGAGGUAGGGUAGUUACUAGCAUAUUGAUAUAAGUAGGUGAUUAGAUUAGCUUGUUACAUAUAUCACUAGUGAUUGAUUAGUGAAGAUGUUGGGGAAGGUAUCUGUAUUAUAAAGAGAGUCAAAUGGAGGGGCAUUAUACUUUGUAUAGAGUACGGGUACUCUACGUUCGGUGAUAAUUUUGUAUGUAAAUCACACGAUCUCUCGUACCCAUUAUCGUUGAGUGAUGCAGAGCAUCGAUAUAUACUACAGUAUAUUUUGA